AUGCGUCGCCGUCGCACAGCGCCAGCCUUACCCGCCAUUGAGGGCUCCGAGUCCUUCGACAGCCUUGUGAAGAAGCUAUCCGUUUAUUUCGUGCACGCCAUCGAGACGCCGCAUGAUUGGGAAGAGCUUCGACGAGAUGUGUAUGCCACAUCCCUGCGGCCUCUGGUGCGCUAUCUCGUUGACGAGGUCCAGCAUCAGGCCAUCGUCAGUGCACUCUUAGCGCUCAAAUGGCAUUUCGAUGAGCUGGAAGAGGGCGACGACAGAGGCAUUAAUGCCACGAGAGGUCUCUCGUGCGAACUUGUGGCAUGGCGAUUCAUCACCCAUCUCACUCAUCGUGAGACUAUUGAGUACUUGUGCACCGAUCUACCUGGGACUGGGCUUGAUAGCGCGCAGACCAAUGGUGACAUUGAGGCGGCCGACGAUGAAUUUCUCGAAGAAGCUGAAAACGAGCGAGCACCCUUGCUGGACACACCUUCCCCCCGGCUAGAGGACUCCUUCUACGAUGAGUCACCUCGACUGCCGACCGACACAUUCCAAUCUGAUUUCUCCUCCACCUUUGCUGGUUUAAAUGCUCUGGAGAUUGCAGCCGUGUCAGAUGCGAAGAAGUUCCUGCGACAGAAGACCAUUCAACACAUCAUUGACGGGAUCUGGAAAGGCGACAUUGUAUUCUGGGAGACGUUGAGCACGCAUUCAUGCAAGGAAGCAAAGGUGUACCGGCCCAAGGUAGCAGAUCCUUACUGCCGCCUGCGUGUACCGCUUUACUUGAAGGUCUUCGAAGUCUUGUUCUUCGCAGGCUUCUUGACAUUCUACUAUGUCGUGCUGGUGCAGAAGCACACGUCGGAUGUGACUGCAGCAGAAGUCAUGCUGUAUAUAUGGCUUGCUUCGUUCACCUAUAACGAGUUCGUGGAGUAUUGCGAUGCUGGCUCGACAUUCUACGCGACCGAUUUCUGGUCUCUAUGGGACCUUGGAAUCAUCUUCGUCGGCGUGGCCUUUUUCGUCGCUAGGAUGAUCGGCUUGCAAGGACAUCCACACGCGACCGAUGUUGCAUUCGACAUUCUGUCGCUCGAGGCUCUUUUCCUGAUACCCAGGAUAUGCUCACUGCUCAGUCUCCACCCGUACUUUGGCAUGCUGCUUCCAGUGUUGAAAGCGAUGGCCAGUACCAUCGACUUCGUGAAAUUCCUGUCGCUCGUUGCGAUACUCUACGUUGGAUUCUCCACCUGCUUCUCAUUCCUGGCGCGAGGCCAAUACACUUUCGGCCACAUCAAUUGGAUACUGAUCAAGGUCUUCUUUGGUUCAAGCUACCUCGGCUUCGACACUGCAGAACAGAUCAGUCCUGUGUUGGGCGUCGCUAUAAUGUUAGUGUUCUGUGCUCUCACUAGUUUCUUGCUGCAAGGUGCUAUGAUAUCGAUCCUGAGUAACACGUUGGACCGCGUCAUGGAGCAUGCCAAAGACGAAUAUCUCUACACUUACAGUGUCUACGUGCUCGAGGCCUCGACGUCCAACCGGUUGACAUAUUUCUACCCUGUGCUGAAUCUCCUACCCUUGAUGCUUCGACCACUCCGGUUGGUGUUCUCUGCACAACACGUGCGGAAAAUGCGGAUAGUGCUGCUCAAGGCGACACAUGCACCUCUUGUGGCCUGCAUACUUGGGUAUGAACGGGCGCUUAGGAUCCUUGAUCGCCGUGGCGCCGGCUCCUUUCGCAUUUCAAACAGGCUAAGCCUCCAGUCGUCAACCUCAUUGCGCCGGCCGCUGUGCAGGAAGAGGCUACCGGCGGAGAGACGUCUUCCAUUCGACAGAGAAGCGCGUGAGACAAGGGGGGUGCUCGCGCCGAAGCAGCAGCCGGCAUCGGAGUCUCCGGAAGGAUUGAAGGCUGCCAUCGCUAAUCUCCAAGCGCAGGUCGAGAUCUGGUCUGAUUUGCUUGAGGAUGGCACGCCUGCAGAGCGUGCGUGAGGUGAUGCUCGAAAGCACGUUGCGGGCGGCAUGCGGCAUGCGGCAUGCGGCAUCACGUGUGGUGGAGAUGAGAGGGCCCCCGGCACGCCCCACAAAAUCGACCGUCUCCCUCCGCGCUUAAGACACAUGUUAAGCGCGGCGCGGCCCCUCGGGGAAGCAAGGAUCGAGGCAGAUGCAAGUUCCGUCCGUCUUUAGUCUUUGCAGGACUUUGAGUUGUGCCGAC